AUGCGUAGUUACCACUUGGCCAGCACUUGGGUGUAUCUUUUGAUACAGCUACUGCCAGCCGCCAUCGCUUAUGGAGAGCGUGGCAUUGCUGAACGAAUGCUGUACUGGAGCGCAUACCUUUGCGAAGAGCAAACCAAGAUCCUUGACCCGUCUUACGAGUACACGGUUGCACCAGGAUGCCUUACCAAGGAUUCCAAGAGGACUCGCUGCACUUUGGACGAGUUCUUACUCCACUUAUGGGCUCCAAAGCAUGAUUCAAACCCUCCAGAUACGGAAAGGCCUUAUAGAAUGAAGGUAUCAACCGGCAUCGAAGAUAUGCCUGGCAAGUCGUUCAACCAAUUCGAGGGCGCUCUCAAUAAUGCAAAAUUCAAUACUAAUCUCCCGGUUGAUGGUAAUGUCGAUACCUCAAAGCUUUAUCCCGGGGCUACGGACUACUAUGAUGCGCUUUCAAAGAUGGGCAAGCCUAUCCAGGCCCUGAGUUCGGCAUUUGUGAAAGCCAAAGCGAAUGAUCCGAGUUUGAAAAUGACCAACCAGAUUAAUAAGCCGUGGCUGCUUGGUAAGAACUGCGCAGCCUAUGUCUUUGCCCUUCGGCGAAAGGAUAUGGAUGUAUACCGAGCUACGUUCCUGCGUGAGAAGCUCAGUACACCCCCCGGACUCCGCGGUGGCUUCAUUCCUGUAUUCACAAACAUUGAUACUGCUAAAAUGGUCCAAGGGGGCACACCGGAAAGUAUCCCGGCAAUUGACUUUGACAAAACAAUCUCUCGCUACGUCAGCACGGUUCCAGACAUUGAAAACGUGAUGAAGGAGCAAAACGACGCUUUUAUGAAUGUCCAAAGAACGCCUGGGGAGUUCAUCAACAAAAAUCAUUUCAAAGCGGUAGAAGCUGCCCGGUGUGCAAUGACUGGUUGCAACUGCCAAGCAGUAAUUCCACGCGAACUCAGAAAGAGGCAAAGGUCGCAGGGUAUUUUCACAAGAGCAGUCACGGCCUGGAAAUGGGAGACAGAUCCAGCAUCCGUACACUGGGGUGGACCCAAAGCAGCCAGGUCAAGGAAAAUGAGAGCCCGGCGACUCGCAAGAAUUGGCAUUGAACCAAAGGCAAUUGACGUCUAA